CGUCGUCGACAGAGAAGUCAGGACCCGUCGCGCGGACUGCUCAGAACGACGACGAUAACUCAUCCACACGUCGCGAAUACCGCUUUUCGGAAGACGUACUCGAACGUGUUCCCCGAUAAUUUCAGAAGCGCCGUGCACUAAGUCGGCGUUCCAUCGACACGAGAUCCUCUCCAUGUCGCUCUGCGUUUACUGGCGCCAACGUCACCACAACCACUGAUAGUAGUCGUAGGUGAUCUGAAGACAGCGGCCGCGGAACAUGUCUGUGGCCGUUUUGACUGCCAUUGCGGUAUUCAUCAUCGCCGUGUUUCGUAUGCUCAAUGUGUCCAGCCAACCUCAAAAACCAUCCUUCUUUUGCAGGGACAAACAGUUCCUCAACAGAGUCCUCAAAUUCGCACCCCAACUUGAGGAUCCUAUAGGUCACACCGAUGAUCUACAUGUAAUGCUUUGCAAUUUAUCAGAACAUUAUCCAAAUACUAAAAUUAUAAUUAUUGGAUAUAGUAUGGGUGGUAACUUGGUUACUAAAUACCUUGGAGAAUCUCGCCAUAACAGACCAAGUAGUGUUAUUGCUGGAGUAUCCAUAUGUCAACCAUAUGAUGCGUUGAAGGCAACUGGUGUUUUAUUACAUUGGCAAAACUUCCGGAGGCUUUAUUUAUACGCAUUAACUGAAGCAAUUAAAGCUUUAAUUUUGAAACAUAGAAGUAAACUAUUGGCAGAUGACAUUAAAGAACAAUAUUCAUUAAUUGAAAAAGAUAUAAUAUCUGCAGCUACAUUACCAGAACUCGAUGAUGCUUAUACCAGAAAAGUCAAUAAUUUUAAAAAUCUUCAUGAGUUUUAUCGAUGGUCAAGUUGCUUACAUUACAUAAAUAAUGUAAAAACGCCAAUGAUAUUUAUUAAUUCAAGAGAUGAUCCAUUGGUGCCAGAAGAUUUAUUAAUACCAAUUCAAAAUUUUGCAAAAUCAAAAGAUAAUAUAUUGUACAUGGAACUGAUGCACGGUGGUCACCUUGGAUUUUUUGAAGGAGGAUUUAUGUAUCCUAAUCCUAUAGCAUGGUUGGAUCGGACCUUAGUCACAUUGUUGCCGGGAAUCAGAGAACAUUGUCUCGAUGAUAUAAAAAAAACAGCAGUUUACUAAAUUCAUUAUUACAAGUGUAUGUAUAUGUAUAUAUACUAUGCUGUAAAUGGGAUUUUCAUCAUUAUUUAUUACACUACUAUUGAUAUAAUACUUGAUUUUAUAUGUAAUAGAUUAGAUAGUUGGUAGUUUCAUGAAAUUA